AUGCUCAAGGCGGGCGUUUUGGAGGAGAUGACAGAGGGCAAGAUCAAAGGAAAUCCAGAACAUUUUCGCAAAAGUGUUCGAGAGCUGGAUUCUGUUAUCUUGGAUGUUAUCUCCGAAUUGAGUCAGCCCCCAGAAUGCCAAACUUGGGAAGGAGCCGAUGUAGCCGCGGUAGUAAAUCUAUGGCUUAUGGCUCGAUUUUUAGCCCAUGCUGCCCGUAUUAAGCUGCACCACCUCCGCUCGUUUGGUGAUCACCCUGUAUUUCUCGACAAGUUCUGUGACCUCAGCUCCAUCAAUAGCUCCAUCAUGUCGCACUUGACCCUCGCAGUAUCACCGGGCCAAUUCUCUGAAUCAAACUCUGUAUUCCUGUUCACAGAAGAGGAGUCAACGCUAAUUUGUCUCAAGGCUGCCCUGGUUCUCUCUCGAACGCUACGAACCUUGCCGUGGCCCAAUCCUUUCUUAUAUGAAUCAGCUGGUCGAUUGAGCAUGGAAUCCGCGGGUUCUAUGAAUAGUAUACAUUAUCCACGUUCCUUGCCAUACAUGGCAUGUUGUGGAAUGCAAGGCUGCUACGUACUCAUGAUGCUCCUGCGGAAAAUCCGCACCUGUCUUUGCUCAAAUACACUGUCAUCAUGUCGCUAUCUACUGGGCCACACAGAACCUGCCACAGAAUACCAAGAUGCCGAGCGGUUUAUCGAGGAACUGCGUAACGGCGUCAAGUCUGUGCGCGAUUUCAUGCCAGGUAAUGCAGUUUUUGGACGGGUGAUGGAUAUGGCGCGUGAAGCUGAAACGACCUACACUGCUGAUUUUCAUGAAUAG